UACGCAAACAAUAAACACGUUAAAAGUAGAUUUAACAUGUUCUAACGGUUUCAAUAUCUAUUUCUUUAUUCAUAAAUCACUUCGGGAAGGACUGGACGGGCGAGCUCAGGUGUUUCCUACCUGUUCCUUCAGCCCUUGAGGAAUAACCCGAGAGAGAAAAGUCGAUUUACCUGUAGCCCGGGUUCUGGCAUCUCCCUCUCGCGCUCUGUCUUCUGUUACCUGUUACCUGCACCGACUUGAAAGUCCAGUUUCACGAGGAAGAGCCGCGGAGGAAGAGAGAUAUGUCAGAGGAGGCAGACAGUAAGAGGCUGGUUGUAGUGGUACCCAAUGAGCCGUCCUUCCAUUCGCGUCGGGCCUACACCAGUGAGGAUGAGGCCUGGAGGUCUUACCUGGAGAAUCCUCUUACUGCGGCCACCAAAGCCAUGAUGAGCAUCAAUGGAGAUGAAGACAGUGCUGCCGCCCUGGGGCUCCUCUAUGAGUACUACAAGGUGCCCAAAGAUAAGAGAGUUUUGCCCAUCAGCAAAGUGGUUGAAAUUUCAGAGGAACCAGAAAAGAGAAACACUACAGUGGGAAGCAGCAGUCAUAUGGAGCCGGAGACAGUGGAUAAUCACGUCCAGGUCCUGAAAUCAGUGCCUGUUAAUCUGUCACUCAACACGGAUCACCAGGACACCAAGCGGGAGCAGUACAGCGUGUCUGCGGGAGAGAGCGGGACCGCUGCGGUGGUCAAGGCUGAGGCGUACACUCCUGUGUUCAUGCCUUCGGGGGUUCACUACAGGACAGAAGGAGAGGAACCGAUGCGGGUCAUCUGUGAGCAGGCCCACUCGUUCGACACCUCGACUGUAUGUCACAGUGGAUACGGGAAGGAUGACCAUCGCAGCAGUCCAGAUAGCACCUAUGAGGAAGACAGCAAUGAAAAGUACCGCCCAUCAUCGCUUGGAGCUGAUGGCUUCAUAUUUGAUCAACCAGAAAUGUUAGACACCUUCCAGUACACACUCGAGGCUAGCAGGUCGUUGCGGCAGAAGCAGGGUGAAGGGCCUAUGACCUACCUGAACAAAGGCCAGUUCUACGCUAUUACACUGAAUGAGACAAGUGCCAAUAAACGCCUCCGACAUCCCAUCAGCAAAGUGAGGAGUGUCGUCAUGGUUGUAUUUAGUGAAGAUAAGAACCGUGAUGAGCAGCUUAAGUACUGGAAGUAUUGGCACUCUCGCCAGCACACGGCAAAGCAGAGGGUUCUGGACAUCGCUGACUACAAAGAGAGCUUCAACACAAUUGGGAAUAUUGAAGAAAUCGCUUACAACGCUGUGUCCUUUACCUGGGACGUGAAUGAGGAGGCCAAGAUCUUCAUCACGGUGAACUGUCUGAGCACAGAUUUCUCCUCUCAGAAGGGGGUGAAGGGUCUUCCUCUGAUGAUACAGAUCGACACCUACAGCUACAACAACCGCAGCAACAAACCCCUGCACAGAGCCUACUGUCAAAUCAAGGCCUUCUGUGAUAAGGGAGCGGAGAGGAAGAUCAGAGAUGAGGAGAGGAAACAGAACCGCAAGAAGACAAAAGGAAAGGAUGGAGGCGUCGGGGCGGUUUCUGUCCCGAAAAAAUGUGACGCCACCUUCUUUAAAACUAUGACUGAUCUGGAUGCCCAGCCGGUUCUCUUCAUCCCGGAUGUGCACUUUGGGAACUUACAGAGGGCAGGCCAGGUGUUUGCAUUUAAUACAGAGGAAAUUGAACGCGAAGGAAGUGUGCUGGUGAAGAGGAUGUUCCGGCAGUCUGAGGAUGACUUCUGUCCACCGCCCCAUAAACAGCCCAGAGAGGAGACACAGAAGAGAGUGCUCCUGUACGUGAGGAAGGAGUCGGAUGAGGUGUUCGAUGCUCUGAUGCUGCGGUCGCCCACUCUCAGAGGACUCAUGGAUGCAAUUUCAGAGAAGUACGGUGUUCCCAUUGAUAGAAUGGCCAAGAUUUACAAGAAGAGCAAGAAAGGGAUCCUGGUGAACUUGGACGACAAUAUCAUCGAGCACUACUCUAACGAGGACACAUUUAUCCUGAGUAUUGAGAACUACGCAGAUGCUUACAAAAUCACAUUAACGGAAAUAUGAACAGCAGCACAUGCAUUUCUAACAUUCAGUAUGUUUAAGCUAAAAGACUUGUUACUUGGACUCCAGCCUGGUCAGAUUCAACAUCAACUGUCCAUAAAUUGAAUUGACAUCAACUAAAGCUGACAUACCUCAUUUUUAAGAGACCUCAAGUAUGAUUUUUAAUGGUCAAUUAGGAGUUUCGGCGCAUCCCAAACAUGUCCACAAUUUCACUGUUCUGCUGUGGAUGGAAAGUAUAUUGCUAUCACUGGCUUCACAUUAAGGACCAAAGUACAGACUAAUUCACAUUUCACUUAAUUUUGGAGACCACCAACAGAUUCCCACCUGAAUCUCAACUGUUUCUUCCAAAGGAUUUCACUGGAGUGGAGUAUGAAAUGAAAUACGUGAUCUCUUCAUCACAUCAAAAUACUGUGCGUACAGUAUGAAUAUUCAACAAAAGCAAGCGUCCACUGGAAUUAUAAUGCUAAGAU